UGGCUCUACGCUCUACGCUCUACUUUGGAGUUCGUUUUGGAACGCAACGUUCUUUGCAUAUGCCGCCGCUAAGAGUUGAACAUUUUGAACAACGUCGUCUGGUCAACUCAACGUUUGCCAACUGGUCGACUACAUUUUGGGGGGUGCGGGCAAUAAGCACCCCCCUCGCUGCAUCGCUGAUAAGCUGAUAAUUUACUCCAAACAAACGUACCAGAGUAAUCGUGGACGGAAGGUGUGGUCUGAGGGCCCGAUCCUUUGCCAUGCGUGGAUUUUCGCAUUAUGAAAUGCCGAGGAGAUCUCUACGAACCAGGAAGUCGGGAGUUGUUCCUAGUGGCUGUCUGGAGAAGUCAGUCUCUUUUUCGAGAACCUUCCACCAAAAUAAAUUUGAGCCAGCUGCAGGACAAGCAUCAUCUGACAGCAUUUCUUUGGGUUCAGAUUGGGACACCACUGUUAAGACCUUGGUGACAAGACUGAUUACAAAAAAUAAACAAAGCCUUUUGUCAGCAGAACACGGUGAUUUUCCGGGUGACACAUCUCCACAGCCAAGCAGUAACACCUUCCCAGUUACUGAGACUGUGGGUGUACACAAACCUGUCACUCCUGAUUCAAGAUCCAGUCCAAGUGCCAAGGAAAUAAUACAGUCACAGCACAAAAGUCACAACAAGUCCACUCAUAAGUCCACUCAUGAUGUCACUCCUCAGAAUGUAAUGGCAUCACGAACAACACGUUCUGAAAAAAGAAGGCAGAAUAGCGCUGCAACUGACAGAAACUCCCAGUUGUCUCCAGAGCCUAGUGGAAAAGAGCGCAUGGAAGAAUCUCGAUCACCCUACAAAAGUGUCAGGUCCUCAACACGGCAUAUGUCAACCACCCCUGGAAUUAAAAAAACAAAGCACAAUCCAGCCAAGAAAACCUGUGAGGAAGGAUCCUCAGCUGUAGAGGACAUUAGGGGUGCAGUAUCUCGGAAGAGAUCGUCAAAGACUUCCAGUCACGAGACAUCCUGCAGGGGGCGCAUGUCGUUGCGACAUAGAUCACCCAAUUCACAACCAAAAGAAUCAACACGGAGGCCUGCAAAGCAAGUUCACAAUGAAGAAUUCCCGUUUGAAGAGAGCAGAAGUGAUGCAGAAUCCCCAAAGGCACCACUGGAAGAACGGAUUCUUCGGUCACACAGCAAGAGUAAGAAACCUUUGCAAAGGAAGCUAGAAGAUCCCCAAACUGAAAGACAAGGCCAGAGUCCCAAGAAAAGAACCGAUAAGGAGAACGUAAGUUUGACAGCAUUAGAAAAGCGUGCACAGUCACUCGGUAAACGCGACAGGCCCUAUUUGCAGCAGAAAUCAGUCAGUCCCAAAAGAAAGCUAUUCGUGCAAGUUUCAGUAGGAAGAACUCCAACAACUGAUACGAAGUCCUCGCCAGAAAGACCAUAUGACGCACAUGCCAGUACUGAUGCUGAACAGCGUUCAGGCUCAUCGUGGAUUGAGAGAGCGAGAUUGGGAAGAAUCAAGCGAAAACUGGUGCUAGAUGUUAGUGCCGGAGCACCAGAGCUGCAGUCCAUAGUACACAGUGAGAGAGAACCUAGACUGCAACGGUUAAGUGACAUAACAGGAGGGCGUUAUGAUUCAGUAGCCACUAGGGGUGGUGCAUCUGCUAUUGCAUUACGCCCAAUAUCUGAUAUAGACGCCGGAUCGAGUCAAGAAAAUAGCCAGACUGAAUUUAUGCAGCCAAACACAACCAGAGCCAAAAUGGUACAGGUGGACAUGGCUGCAAAACACACACCUCCUAACCAUAAUGGUACUCCUUUCCGUGGGAGCGCGCGUUCAGCUGCUGGCAGUAUGAUGGCAGAGUCGAACACUCAAUCUUCUGAAGGAGGGUCCAGAGCUGCAGUGUUCAAAGGAAGCCCAUCAAAAUCACAUAUCCCCAAAGCUAUUAGACGGAGAAGAGAUACUGUUGACUAUCUGGCUGAUGAGCAGAUGCACAGAUUUUUGGGAACAUCUGUUCCCUGUGACACCAUGGAUGCCGUUUAUCAUUACUCAGACGCCUUCUUUGACUUCCUGUGCAAGAAACUGGAAGAGUCUGCAUUGCGUCGUGGAAGUAGAAAGGUCACUGAAAAAGAUGUCAUUCUGUUUAUCCGCAACUUCAAAGGUAUGAGAAGUACACACCAUCUGUUUGCCAUGGUUGAAGAGCACAUGUCUGGUGAUUUGCGCACGCAAAUGGUCCCGUGCUCUCGGCAAAAGAAGAGAAGAAAGAAGUAACUGUAUAACUUCAAAGCAAUGUAAUUAAUAUUAGCAAAAAUGACAGACAUGAUGGAAACUGUU